AUGACUGUUCUUCAGCUUGAUGAAACUGAUGACAGUAGUGAUUGUGAAUCUUGUUACACAGUGAAGACGACACAUGGUAAACAAUGGUUUACUAAAGUCAACAUGGUGAUUGACGAUGCAACUCGUCAAGAUGUAAUCUGUCAACUGGACUCAGGAUCAACUUGUAAUAUUCUUGGAUUUCGGCAAUACUGUAUUCUUACCCAAAAUGGUUGUCCGCCAUUGAAAUCAACCAGCAAGGCUCUACGACUUUAUGGUGGAACAUCAAAGCUUGAGCCCUUGGGUACUGUUGACAUUACAUGCUCAGUACAAAGCAACACAGAAUGUCUGAACUUUUAUGUGGUGGAUACAGAUCAAACCGCACUGCUCUCGGCUGAAGCAUGUGAAAAGUUAGGACUGUUAACUGUGAAUAUUGUGAACAGUGUCGAUACAUCAGCUGAGAAGAACUUUGAACCACUGACGCGCAGUCAGCUGUUGACCACAUACAUGUACCAUGAUGUAUUCGAGGGACUAGGAUCUUUCUCAGGCGAGUACAAGAUUGAAAUUGAUCCGACUGUAAAGCCAGUUCAGCAUCAACCAAGAAAAGUUCAUCAAGCCAUGAAGCAGGAAAUUCACACGAAGCUGAAGGAUCUCGAGAACAGAGGUGUGAUCAAGAAAGUUACUACCCCUACAGACUGGAUAAGUAGUAUGCUAACAGUGAAAAAACCUGGUAAGCUACGCAUAUGUAUUGAUCCCAGAGACUUGAACAAAGCUAUCAAGCGACCGCACUAUAUCAUGCCUACCCUUGAGGACAUAUUACCGAAUCUUGCGAAUGCAAAAGUAUUCUCCGUCCUUGAUGCAAAAGAAGGAUUCUGGCACAUCAAAUUAGAUGAAUCAAGCAGUUUCCUUACUACGUUCUGGACCCCUUUUGGUCGGUAUAGAUGGUUGCGUUUACCAUUCGGAAUUUCAUCAGCACCUGAGGAAUUCCAGCGCAGGCAACACGAAGUGUUGGAAGGACUAUCUGGAGCAGAAUGUGUUAUGGAUGACAUCAUAGUCUACGGCCGUGGACAGACCAUGGAAUCAGCAAUUCGAGACAAUGACCGCAACUUGACGGCAGUUCUACAAAGAGCUCGUGAGGUGGGACUAAAACUUAAUAAGGACAAGUUCAAACUUCGUCAGACUGAAGUCAAAUACAUGGGCAGUAUACUUACGGCAGUAGGCAUCCGCCCUGAUCCGGACAAACCUGCUCCAGAGUAUCAUGGACAGCACACUUCCAAACUCGCUGAGGAGAUAGCACACAUCCAACAGGCAGAGUGGGUUAGAAAGGUCACAGACUCAAGACUGAAUCAAAUCCGAGAUUUGACAAACAAGGAUGAGACUCUCCAGUCACUAAAGACAGUGAUACUUUCAGGAUGGCCUGAUACUAAGGAAGAUGUUCCUAUUCCAAUACGACCAUAUUGGAAUGUCAGAGACUCUCUCACAGUGCAAGAUGGUAUUAUUUACCACAGCAGCCGCGUUGUAAUUCCCAAAGCUCUUCGACCAGAAUUGCUACGCCGCACUCAUUCCAGCCACGUAGGAAUUGAGGCUUGUCUACGGAGAGCUAGGGAUUCGCUGUAUUGGCCUCUCAUGAAUGAGGAGAUCAAGGAUUUUGUCAGCAAGUGUAGCAAGUGCAGCAUGUUUCAACGGAAACAACAAAAAGAACCGUUAAUGACACAUGAUGUCCCAGACCAGCCAUGGUCAAAACUUGGAAUUGACAUCUUUACUCUAAAGACUGAGGAUUACCUUGUCACAGUUGAUUUUUACUCAGAUUUCUUUGAGCUCGACCUUCUUCCAGAUACCACGGCAGCCACAGUAAUCAACUGCUUGAAACAACAUUUCGCACGUCACGGAACACCAGAUGUUGUAAUUACCGACAACGGCCUGCAGUUCAAAUCAACCGACUUUCAUGAUUUUUCAUGUAAUUGGGAGUUUCAGCAUGUAACCUCCUCCCCGUAUUAUAGUCAGUCAAACGGGAAAGCAGAAGCAACAGUGAAAAUAGCAAAGAACAUGGUGCGCAAGGCUAAGAAGAACGGAGAUGAUCUGUGGAAAUGCGUCUUAGAUUGGAGGAACACCCCAACAGUGGACAUGGCCAGCAGUCCGUCACAAUGA